AUGACUGUGAUUCUCAAAAAUAUUGGGUACUCCGAAAUCUCCGCAAUUCUCGAAAAUAUCGGGGAUUUCGAAAUAUUCGGGAUGUCAGAAAAUAUCUGGAAUAUUGAAAUCCUCGGAAGUCCUGGAAAUAUCCUAGAUCUCGGAAGCUUUGAGGUCCCAAAAAUGACUGUGAUUCUCAAAAAUAUUGGGUACUCCGAAAACUUCGCCAUUCCCAAAAAUAUUCAACGAUUCACGGGUACCCAGUGCGAGAUCGACAUCGACGAGUGUGCGGCGAAGCCGUGCCUAAACGGAGGUGUCUGCACCGACAUGAUCAACUCCUUCAAGUGCACGUGCGCGAACGGGUUCGCCGGUUCUCAUUGCCAGAUCAACAUAGACGACUGCGCCUCGUCGCCCUGCAAGAACGGCGGCAUCUGCCAGGACUCCAUAGCCAAGUACACGUGCGACUGCCCGCCAGGAUUCACCGGGGCCUCUUGCGAGACGAACAUCAACGACUGCCAAUCGAACCCGUGCCACAGCGGCAACUGCAUCGACGGCGAGAACAGCUUCAGCUGCAACUGCUUUCCGGGAUUCACCGGGAAACUAUGCCAGACCCAGAUCGACGAGUGCGAGAGCAACCCCUGCCAGUUUGGAGGAAGGUGCGAGGAUCGUAUUAACGGGUACCAAUGUAUUUGUAGACCUGGAACGUCUGGAACGAACUGCGAGGUGAACGUGAACGAAUGUUAUAGCAAUCCAUGUAGAAACGGAGCGAGGUGCAUCGACGGGAUCAACAGUGGACACGGUGUGUUUCCUUCCAGAUACUCGUGCGAGUGCGAGCCAGGCUUCACCGGUCAACACUGCGAAACGGACAUCAACGAGUGCGCCAGCAACCCCUGUGCCAACGGUGGCCGCUGCAUAGACCUGAUAAACAACUUCCGGUGCGACUGUCCUCGCGGCUACUACGAUGCUAGAUGCCUCAGCGACGUGGACGAGUGUGCCAGCAAUCCUUGCGUGAACGGCGGCACCUGCGAGGACGGUGUCAACCAGUUUAUCUGCCACUGUCUGCCAGGCUACGGAGGCAAGAGGUGUGAGGCUGACAUCGACGAAUGCGGCUCUAAUCCCUGUCAACACGGUGGCACUUGCAACGACCAUCUGAACGGGUACAGUUGCAACUGCCUGGCUGGCUAUGCUGGUACCAAUUGCGAGACCAACAUCGACGACUGUGCCAACAACCCUUGUCAGAAUGGUGGCUCCUGUAUCGACCUCGUGAACGACUACAAAUGCGUCUGCGAGCUUCCUCACACGGGGAGGAACUGCGAGGACAAACUGGAUCCUUGUUCGCCUAACAAAUGUCUUCAUGGCGCCAAGUGCUCACCAUCCUCCAACUUCCUCGACUUCGCCUGCACUUGCACGGUCGGUUACACUGGCAGACUCUGCGACGAGGACGUCGACGAGUGUGUAAUGACGUCUCCGUGCAGGAACGGCGCCACUUGCAGGAACACCAAUGGUUCCUAUCAGUGCCUCUGUGCGAAGGGCUACGAAGGUCGGGAUUGUAUCAUUAACACCGACGACUGCGCUUCCUUCCCCUGUCAAAAUGGUGGCACUUGCCUGGACGGUAUCGGAGACUACACCUGCCUCUGCGUGGACGGCUUCAGUGGGAAACACUGCGAAAUCGACGUGGACGAAUGUUUGUCGCAACCUUGUCAAAAUGGUGCUAUCUGUAAGGAAUACGUGAACUCGUACACUUGUCAGUGUCAGCUUGGAUUCUCCGGGAUAAAUUGUCAGACCAACGACGAGGACUGCACUGACAGUAGCUGCAUGAACGGUGGCAAAUGCAUCGAUGGGAUCAACAACUAUACCUGUGUCUGUAAGCCUGGUUACACGGGCUCAAAUUGUCAGUACCGUAUCAACGAGUGCGACAGUUCACCCUGUCUGAAUGGAGCUACUUGCCAUGAUCAUGUACAAUAUUACACUUGUCAUUGUCCUUAUGGAUAUACUGGAACUAGGUGUGAUCAGUAUGUCGACUGGUGUGCGGAUAAUCCUUGCGAGAAUGAAGCUACUUGUGUCCAGCACAAAAAUAAGUACCACUGUAAUUGCUCUCCUGGUUGGACUGGUAAAGUGUGCGACGUGGAGAUGGUUUCCUGCAAGGAUGCAGCUAUUAGAAAAGGAGUACCCGAAAAGAAUCUGUGUAACAAUGGUACCUGCGAGGAUAUAGGUAACAGUCAUCGUUGUCAUUGCCUAGAGGGAUACACUGGUUCCUAUUGUCAAGAGGAAGUCAACGAGUGUGAUUCUGCUCCCUGUCAGAAUGGUGCUACUUGCAAGGAUCUCGUUGGGUCUUACCAGUGUCAAUGCACCAAAGGUUUCCAGGGGCAGAAUUGUGAGCUCAAUGUGGACGAUUGUAGACCUAAUCCUUGUCAAAACGGUGGCACGUGUCACGAUCUUAUCAGUAACUUUAGCUGCUCUUGUCCUCCGGGUACCCUGGGUUUCAUAUGCGAACUCAACGUGGACGAUUGCGCUGUUGGCACUUGUCACAAUAAUGGAACAUGUACUGACAAGGUUGGCGGAUUCGAGUGCAAAUGCCCUCCUGGUUUCGUGGGACCUAGAUGCGAGGGUGACAUCAACGAGUGCUUGUCGAAUCCUUGUAUGUCACCAGGGACUCAAGAUUGCGUACAACAUAUCAACAACUACCAAUGCAACUGCAAACCUGGCUACAUGGGACGUCACUGUGAAAUGAAAGUGAACUUCUGCGACAGCUCACCAUGCGAGAAUGGAGGUGUUUGUACUGCCAAACAAGCUGGACACACUUGCCUUUGCCCCAGUGGCUAUUAUGGAAACAACUGCGAAUUCGCUGGUUCUUAUUGCGACAGGGAACCUUGCUUACACGGUGGAACUUGCAGAGUAGCUGAAACAGAAGUUGGAUAUAGGUGUUACUGUCCUCCUGGAACCACUGGAACUCACUGUGAAAUAGACGCUAAGGAUGAAUGUGCCAGUAAUCCCUGUCAACAGUCCAAUGCUGUUUGCAAGAACCUUCUGGGUGAUUAUGCUUGCGAUUGCCCACCGAAAUGGACUGGCAAAAACUGCGAAAUCUAUGAUCCUAACUAUGGAGGAGGUAUAUUUGGCAGUCCUAACUCGAACAUUCCAAAAACCAUGAAUGCAUACGAUCUUGAUUUAGAAUUAGAGAGAAAGAAGUGUAUUGAGAACAGAUGUAAAGAAAAGUCUGGUAACCACCAUUGCGAUGAGGAAUGUAACAGAUACGCUUGCAAUUUUGAUGGAAACGAUUGUUCCUUGGGUAUCAAUCCAUGGCGUAAUUGUACUGCUCCUAUCAACUGUUGGGACGUUUUCAUGAAUGAUGUCUGCGACGAAGUUUGCAACAAUGCUCAAUGCCUGUUUGAUGGAAGAGACUGUGAAAGAAAAUUAGCUCCAUGCAACCCCAUCUACGAUGCCUACUGUCGCAAACAUUACGCCAAUGGACACUGUGAUUACGGAUGUAACAACGAAGAAUGUAACUGGGAUGGUCUCGAUUGUGAUAUAGAGCCACCAUCGUUAGCAGAAGGUGUGAUUUCGGUAGUAGUAAGGAUGGACAUGCAAACAUUCCGCUCUAACGUGGUGGCAUUCCUAAGAGACAUUGGACACGAAUUAAGAACCACCUUAAGAAUAAAACAAGACGAACUCGGCAAUGACAUGAUAUAUCCUUGGAAGAGAGAGCCAGGAUUACCGACUAUCUUUGGUCGGCCGACCACGAUCUACACCAAUACACAAAGCGGUGUUAUGGCCUAUUUAGAGAUUGACAAUAGAAAAUGUACCGUUACCCAAGGAGCAGUAUGUUUCCCAUCAGCGAACGAAGCAGCGGAAUAUCUGGCAGCCACAGCGUCCAAACAUUCCUUAUCUCGAAACUUCCCAAUCGAACUAGUUCGAGGUGUCAUUGGGCCUCAGGGUCCAGAGUACCCAGAUGCUCCAACAAAUUACAAGUAUGUCUUCAUCGGUGUCGUCAUCGUGGUACUUGGAGGAAUGUUAGUCGGUGUCCUGGUCACUGCACAAAGAAAACGAGCUGUUGGUGUUACAUGGUUCCCGGAAGGUUUCCUGCGCACUAGCAGUGGCAGUGGUCAACGUCGUAGAUCAAGGAGACGUGGUCCAGAUGGUCAGGAAAUGAGAAACCUGAACAAGCAACCUUCGGUGAACUGUAUGGAUCUUGAUGUAGGAAACGUAAGAACGCAACAAUGGUCAGACGACGAGUCAGACUUACCACCUUCGAAGAGGAUGAGAGCAAUAGAACCUGGGUACGCCAGUGACCACACUGCUAUCACAGAUUAUGAAGAAACAGAACCUCGAAUGUGGACUCAGCAGCACUUGGACGCUGCAGAGAUUCGUAGACCAGACGCUGGUGUUCUGACACCACCUAGCCUCGAACAUGGUCAAGACGUAGACGCCAGAGGACCCUGUGGAAUGACACCACUGAUGGUAGCCGCUGUACGGGGUGGAGGAUUGGAUACCGGAGAAGAGGAGGACGAAAGUGACGGUACAGCUGCUGUGAUCGCUGAUCUAGUUGCACAGGGUGCAGACUUGAACGCCACCACAGACAAAAGUGGCGAGACAUCGCUUCAUCUGGCGGCUAGGUACGCCAGGGCUGAUGCAGCGAAGAGGCUCCUGGACGCUGGAGCAGAUGCUAAUUCUCAAGACAAUACUGGUAGAACGCCUCUUCAUUCUGCUGUCGCUGCUGAUGCAAUGGGAGUCUUCCAAAUAUUAUUAAGGAACAGAGCAACAAACCUGAAUGCUCGUAUGCACGAUGGAACUACCCCAUUGAUCUUGGCUGCUCGUUUAGCCACCGAAGGCAUGGUGGAGGAUCUCAUUAAUGCAGACGCUGACAUCAACGCGGCUGACAAUAGUGGCAAAACAGCUCUUCACUGGGCUGCAGCUGUUAACAACGUCGAUGCUGUGAAUAUACUUCUGGUUCACGGCGCGAACAGAGAUGCUCAAGAUGAUAAAGACGAAACACCGUUGUUCCUUGCAGCCAGGGAAGGCAGUUUCGAAGCUUGCAAAGCGUUGCUUGAUACAUUCGCCAAUAGGGAGAUUACCGACCACAUGGAUCGAUUACCAAGAGAUGUGGCUAGCGAGAGAUUACAUCAUGACAUUGUGAGAUUAUUAGACGAGCAUGUGCCCAGAUCGCCACAGAUGGUGAACGUGAUACCAAACGGUCCUCUCAUGGGAUCUCCAAAUCACCCGCAACUCAUCACACACCCCACGGUGAUCGGUUCCGCACCGAAGCAAGCAAAGUCCAAGAAGCGGCCAAAAACAGGGACUACGGGGAAUCCAAACAGCCCCGAGUCGGAGGGCGGAGUAGUGGUAGUAAGGCGAAAACCGUCAGUAAAGAAGCCACAGGCGAAACGUGGUGCUCAGCCCCCAAACCAGGAGAUUCCUCAGGGAGCGGAGGGAGCAGAGGGAAAUUUACCAAGUCCCCACGACAGUGCAAGCCUAUACAGCAACGCGCUCCCAUUGGUAGGCCACACGGCAACAGCGAAGCAACCACCACCGUACGAGGACUGCAUAAAGGGGCAGUCCAUGCAGGGUCUUCAGCAGUUGGGGUUAGACACGUUCACGACCAACUACGGACUGCUUAAUUUUCACGACCAACUAAUAGCAUCGCACCAACGACAAGCGCAAGGGAUGGUGAACACGUUGUCGCCGCCUUAUAGCAAUCAGUCACCGCCACACUCGGUGCAGUCAAACAUGACUCUGUCUCCACAGGCGAGCUACAUGGGCUCGCCGUCUCCGGCAAAAAGCAGGCCGUCGUUGCCCACUUCGCCUACCCACAUUGCCGCCAUGAGACAAGCGACGCAUCAAAAGCAUGGCGGUAUGCCACCGGUGGGAUUUGACUUUGAGAAUCUUCCUUACUCGUCGAGUCAGCAGCAACAGCAACAGCAGCAACAGCAGAUGCAACAGACACAGCAGCAGAUCCAGCAGCAGCAGCAGCAGCAACAGCAGAGUACGCAGCAACAGCAGCAACAGCAACAGCAGCAGCAGGCUCAACAGCAGACGCAACAGUACUAUCAGUACUUGACGCCACCUUCUCAUCAUUCCGGACCGGAUGUAACGCCACAGCAUCUGAUGCAAGCGCCAGAAAGCUUCCCAACACCAUCCCCGGACAGUCCAGGCCACUGGUCCUCCAGUUCGCCACACUCAAACAGCGACUGGUCCGAGUGCAUGGCGUCACCGAACGCGUAUGGCGCCGGAGCCGCUCAUCAAAGUAACAAGGGCUCCGAGGCGAUCUACAUAUGA